AUGUCUAGCAUUAUUCUUUCUUUUUUUCAAGCGAGGAACGGUCGCCUUCUGCUGUCAUUGGUGCUGCUUCACGCUGUUUUAGUCGGGGCUUCCCCCAUGCCAGCAGUUGAAGAUGAUAUGAAAGGAACCCUCCCCUCCAUCGACAAGCCGCUUUCCAAGCGAGUCCAGGGACAGUUCCCGACCUUCCCUAAUUCCUUUGAAGGCCGUGUCCAGAAGGGUCGCUAUUUCAUGUCACUUAUGCCAUUGAGCGACUCGGCCGCAACCGAGAGAAACAGCCGGGUCAAAGUCGCCAGCCCGUGGCAGGACCCUCGGUGGGUGGAGUAUUGGGGAUGGACUCGCCAAAUGGACUGGGCCCCCUUUGGCACCGAGGACAUUGGCGACAGCAGUGACGACAACUUUGAUCAGUUUGAGGUCUCGCCUGGGUUCGGAAACACCUUGGACAACGCGUUUGCAGACCCGAGGUACCCGGUAGACCCGAUGGAGCACGUCUUGUCCACCUACAAACACGAGAAGAGGUUCUACCUACGCAAUAAGCAGGUCGGAGACCCAACAAACGCUUAUUACCAAAACGUCCUUAACCCAAAAUCUGGCGCCAUCGUUUUCGACAAGAAUUUCAGUCCCCGCUACGAGCAAUCUGAGACUGGACUAGGGUCUAUUCCAGAACUAGAACAGCUGUCCGAUAUCAUAUACUUCCAGUGGCUGGAGGCUUGCCAAGAGGAAGGCGUUCACCCCAGCAAGAUUAAGCUUAUUUAUCGUGCUCACGUCACUUAUAAACCUACGUUUGACAUAGUCAUGGAGGCUUUCCGCCGGGCAGGUUAUCAGUCUGUACCAGGGUGGAAUGACAGAGCGAUAUUCCCAAUGGACACAAUCCCGGGAAUGGCUAUACUGGGGACCACCCACGGUGUAGGUGCAGCUUUGUUCCUUAUCCAGCAUAAAGCACUUCUUGGAACGAAGAAGAUUACAGAGGUUGCAGUAUGGGGAGGUGAUGACGGGUUUGCCUUUGACAAACAACACGACUCUUCGACUUUGAGCCUGAGGUUUACUGUCACAAACUAG